AUGGGAAGUGGUGCAAGUGCAGAAGACAAAGAGCUAGCAAAGAGAUCAAAGGAGCUUGAGAAAAAAUUGCAGGAAGAUGCUGCCAUUGAUGCCAAGACAGUGAAACUUUUGCUACUCGGUGCUGGCGAGUCUGGAAAGAGUACCAUCGUCAAGCAGAUGAAAAUCAUCCAUCAAGCGGGAUACAACGAGGAAGAAUGUUUGGAGUUCAAAUCAAUUAUCUAUGGCAACGUGCUUCAGUCAAUCCUAGCCAUAAUCCGUGCAAUGUCCACCCUUGGCAUUGACUACAGUGACACAAGUAAAGCGGAUGAUGGUCGUAUGCUUUGCCACCUCGCCGACUCAAUAGAGGAAGGCACAAUGCCUCCAGAACUUGUGGAUGUGAUCAAGAGCCUCUGGAAAGAUGAUGGCGUACAGGCCUCUUUUGAAAGAGCAGCUGAAUAUCAGCUCAAUGACUCUGCUCCAUAUUACUUAAAUCAGCUGGAUAGGAUCACAGCAUCUAAUUAUAUUCCGAAUGAACAAGAUGUCCUCCGAUCCAGAGUGAAAACUACAGGAAUCAUUGAGUCACAGUUCUCCUUUAAAGAUCUUCAUUUCAGGAUGUUUGAUGUAGGAGGACAGAGGUCAGAGCGCAAGAAGUGGAUUCACUGCUUUGAAGGAGUUACCUGCAUUAUAUUUUGUGGUGCAUUAAGUGCUUAUGACAUGGUUCUGGUGGAGGAUGAGGAAGUGAACCGUAUGCAUGAAUCCCUUCACCUGUUCAACAGCAUUUGCAAUCACAAGUUCUUUGCUGCAACCUCAAUCGUUCUUUUCCUGAACAAGAAGGAUCUAUUUGAGCAGAAAAUCAAAAAAGUUCAUUUAAGCAUCUGUUUCCCGGACUAUGAUGGUAAUAACUCAUAUGACGAUGCAGGAAAUUAUAUUAAAUUACAGUUCCUUGAUUUAAACAUGCGGAAAGAUACCAAGGAGAUCUACGCUCACAUGACCUGUGCCACAGACACACAAAAUGUUAAAUUUGUGUUUGAUGCUGUGACUGAUAUCGUCAUCAAGGAGACGCUUAAAGACUGUGGACUGUUUUAAAGUACAUGGCAGAUCCUUGA